AUGCUCUUCUGGCACUCGCAGCCCGAGCACUACAACCAGCACGGCUCCGGCAGCUACCUGCGGGACGUGCUUGCCCUGCCCAUCUUCAAGCAGGAGGAGCCGCAGCUGUCCCCGGAGAACGAGGCUCGCCUGCCGCCCCUGCAGUACGUGCUGUGUGCCGCCACAUCCCCGGCCGUGAAGCUGCACGAGGAGACACUCACUUACCUGAACCAAGGUCAGUCUUAUGAAAUCCGGCUGCUGGAGAACCGGAAGCUGGGAGAUUUUCAAGAUCUGAACACAAAAUACGUCAAAAGCAUCAUCCGCGUGGUUUUCCAUGACCGCCGGUUGCAGUACACGGAGCACCAGCAGCUGGAGGGCUGGCGCUGGAGCCGGCCCGGGGACCGUAUCCUGGACAUUGAUAUCCCACUGUCUGUUGGUAUCUUGGACCCCAGGGCCAGCCCGACACAGCUGAAUGCAGUUGAGUUUCUGUGGGACCCUGCCAAGAGGGCUUCCGCGUUCAUUCAGGUGCACUGCAUCAGCACAGAGUUCACCCCGCGGAAGCACGGGGGUGAGAAGGGCGUGCCGUUCCGUGUGCAGGUUGACACGUUUAAGCAGAAUGAGAAUGGGGAGUACACGGAGCACCUGCACUCGGCCAGCUGCCAGAUCAAGGUGUUCAAGCCGAAGGGAGCUGACCGCAAGCAGAAGACUGACCGGGAGAAGAUGGAGAAGCGGACUGCCCAGGAGAAGGAGAAGUACCAACCGUCCUAUGAGACGACCAUCCUCACAGAGUGCUCACCGUGGCCCGAUGCCGCCUAUCAGGUGAACAGCACCCCAUCCCCGAGCUACAACGGCUCUCCCAACAGCUUCAGCCUUGGCGAAGGCAACAGCUCCCCGACCCAUCCCGUGGAGGCCCUGCCACUGGGCAGUGAUCACCUUCUCCCGUCCGCCUCCAUCCAGGACGCCCAGCAAUGGCUCCACCGCAACAGAUUCUCACAGUUCUGCCGGCUCUUUGCCAGCUUCUCUGGUGCCGAUUUGCUCAAGAUGUCCCGAGAUGACCUGGUGCAGAUCUGCGGGCCCGCGGAUGGGAUCCGGCUCUUCAAUGCCAUCAAAGGCAGGAAUGUGAGGCCGAAGAUGACCAUUUAUGUGUGCCAGGAGCUGGAGCAGAGCCGGGUGCCUGUGCAGCAAAAGCGGGAGGGUGGCGGGGACAGCAGCCUGUGUGUGUACCAUGCUAUCUUCCUGGAGGAGCUGACCGCCUUGGAACUUAUUGAGAAGAUUGCCAGCCUGUACAGCAUCUCCCCCCAGCACAUUCACCGGGUGUACCGGCAGGGCCCCACGGGCAUCCACGUGGUCGUGAGCAACGAGAUGGUGCAGAACUUCCAAGAUGAAUCUUGUUUUAUCCUCAGCACAUUAAAAGCUGAGAGCAAUGACGGCUACCACGUCAUCCUCAAGUGCGGGCUCUGACCCGGAGUAGGACACGCACCUGCCUCCCAGCGCCCAGCCCAGACGCCCUUGGAUGUAGAACUUGCACCUCUGUACACUGCAGCCUUACCUGGCCAAUGGAAGCUGGGAGGGACCCUGCCCCAA